ACGAUAUUUAUUUUUGUCUUUUACAGACGGAUUUGUGAUUUCUGAUAGCUUUAAUGCCGGAGAAAAUCCAAGAGAACCAAGUUUUAUUGUUCCUGCCCGAAAUGUUACAGUAGUUGCUGGGCGAAAGGCAAUUUUACCAUGUUCAGUAGAAUUUUUGAACACUCAUAAGGUUAUAUGGACAAAUCAAAGACAUACACUGUUGACGAUGCGAGAUCGUCGAAUUACUGAUGAUGUUCGUAUAAUGGUGGUUCGUGAUCAUCCUGGUGAGUGGAACUUACAUAUAAGGGAUGUGGAACCAUCUGAUCAAGGUCAAUUCAACUGUCAAAUUAAUACAGUUCCUGUAAAAAUUAACAAGGUGAAUCUAUUUGUAUUAGUCCAGCCAACACUUAACGCAGAUAUGUCAAGUAAAGAUAAAACUGCAAAAGAGGGGGAUACAAUAAGCCUUGUCUGCAAUGUAAGUGGAACGCCGCAUCCUAAUGUGACCUGGUAUCGCAGGUCUAUAAGCGACCAAAAGCAAAAUGAAAGAAUAGGCAUGACUGGAGAGGGCCUGAAUACAUGUCUUCUAUGUUGUGUUCCAGGGAUAGGCAUGACUGGAGAAGUUUUGAUGAUCCACAACAUUUCCCGUUACUGUAAUGGCCUCUAUGAGUGUGUUGCAGACAACGGGGUAGCUAACGCAGUCAGCCAUGUAAUCAAAGUUACGGUUUUCUUUGCACCAGAGAUUUUUUUACCUACCAAAAGAAUUGGACAAGCAUUAGCAAAAGAGACAAUAUUAGAAUGCAAAAUAACUGCUAUGCCACAAGGUGUUACAAUGUGGAGAAAGAAUGGUACAGAAUUGCAAACGGGAUGGAAGUAUAGAAUAGAUGCUUAUGGUGAUGAUGAAUAUACCAUCACACUAAGCUUACGUAUAAGACAGAUAGCAAAAGAUGAUUAUGGAGUUUAUACAUGUCAGGCUUCCAAUCGACUUGGGCGUGAUGAAAAAAGUAUGGUAUUAUAUGAAAUUGGAAUAUCAAGCACAAAAUCUACGACAGUCAGUUCUUCAGGAACACCUGGCAGAGAAAUCUUUAUUCCUGGAAAACAUCCACAAUAUCCUGUUAUAACACAGAGGAACCAUCAGACUAAGACAACUCCCUUUGCAAGUGGAAGUUCUCGAAUUGAACAAGGACAUUAUACAGAUACUGCAACCUCUCUAUACACAGUGCCAUCGUCCAUUUUAAUUCUGAUUACCAUAUUGCCAAUUCUUGAGUUACUCUCUGGAGUGUGAUGCAAUUUUUUCAGCUUGUACAUUUUAUUAAACAACUGGAUUUUUAAAUGUUGCUGCUGCUACUGCUGCUGCCGCCACUCAAAGUCUAAAUACAAGAAAGUAAUGGACUUUUACAUUUUUUUUUUUAAAUUUUGUUUUUCCUCCCAUGAAGAACAAAUCAAUUUUGCUUUUGCCAACACAAAAAUACAAUUUACGAACAGGAAAAAAUUUAAAACUAAGCAUGAAUUUCUAUGAUAAUAAUAACAACACAACAUAUACACCAACAAUAACAAUAAUAGUAACGAUAAUCAUAAUAAUAAUGAUAAUAUUAUUAAAGUGAAAAUAAGUAAAUCUCAUCACACAAAGCAGAAAGUAAAUAAUGGUCAGCGAGCAAACUUUCUAUCAGUUUCAAUAAUUAAGCAAUUGUGAAAGUUGCCAUGGCAAUAUUAACAAACAACAACACUAUCAUCCACAAACACAACUAUAAACAAAGUAGGAAAAUGGAACACACAGCAGCUAGACAAUAGAACAUAAAACACCUGUUUCUGAAGAGUAUCUAAAUACCAAAUAUUGUUUAUACAAUGUAGAGUUGCCAAAGAUACUAUAAUAAUAAUAAUUAGAUUAUAAGGAGAAUGAGAAGUUGCAGUGUUCAUUCAUUCCAAAACACUAUGAAAAUUUGAAUAUUAAAUUCUACAGCAAUUACAAGAAUAAGAGCUGUGUAAUGAGAAGGGAGAUUAAGAAUAAUCAGCAAUAAUAUUAACAUUUAAAAUUCAUCAUAUAUAUAUAUAUAUAUACACACACACACAUAUAUAUAUAUAUGAUAUAUAUAUAUAUAUAUAAAUGAGAGGCAAGGUGGGAGAGAGAAAGAGCAAAAUAAAAAGAAUGAGAGACAGCGAGCGAGAGAAAGAUUGCAUGCUAAUGCUUAAUAUAUCGCUGUGAAACAGAAUAAAUAAAUCAAUAAUGGUCUCAUGAACUACAUGAGUAUUCUGUUUUGUGUUUUUUUGUAUAUAUAAUUGUGUGUAUGUAUAUAAAUAUGUAUGGGUGUGGUUGUAUGUGCAUGUGUGACAUGUAUAUAUGCAUGUGCGUGUGUGUGUGAUGUAUUAAUGUAUGAGCGUAUAGCAAUAUUCACAUACAUGUCUAUGUAUGUAUAUGUGUAUAUAUAUAUAUAUAUAUAUACAUAUACAAUGUAGAAUUAUAUAUAAACAUACAUUACAUGCACACACCCACUCACAGAUAUUCCUAGCAGAUGUCCUUGGAUGGAUAUAUCUAAAGAAUUGUUGAAACUUCAACCAACUCAGAACACUACAGAAAAGUCGUUAGCUUCUUCACAGAUGCUAAAAUUUUCUUUUUAUUCUUCAUAAUAAAGGGAUAAUGUUAGCAACGAUGCUGAUGACAAUGACAACAUCGGCAUUGAAGGUGUUGAUAAUGAUGAAAAAUAAUAUAAUGCUUUCUUUUUUUGUUUUUUUUAAAAAUCCAUUUCUGUUAUACAAGAGAAUGGAAUUCUAACAACCGAGAAAUAGAAAAAUAAUGAAAAGAAUAAAUAAGAACAAGCAAAUUGGAGUAAAGUGCUUCUUAAAUAUGGGAGAGAAAAAUAUUACCUAACAAACUGGAAUGGUAUAUUACUGUUGCAUUUUGUAUGUGAUGAUUUUGGUCUUGAAGUGCAAUAUUAUUACAGGUAUCCAUACACAUACACUCUUACAUAAGUUUACUUGUGUAAUAUGCAGACACACAUAAGCAUAUUCAACAUUUACUUUCACUGGUAACUUGAUUUGGACAAUUUGAUGGCAAUAACCUUUGAGAAAUAUUUGACUACAAUUAAAAUAAAGACAAAUUUAACACUAUGUAUAUGACUGGAUGAUAGUCAUAAAAACUUCCACUUUGGAAUUAUUUUUUGUUCAUUUAUUUUUGUUUUGUUUUAUUUUUGUUCAACAUAAAGAAAAGAAAAUCUACAUAAAUACUAAAAGAAAAUGAACACCUAUCACUUAUGAGUAACAUGGAAAUAUCUGAUCAACAUCCAAGAAAUGUGCUUGAUAAUUUGCUUGAAAUGUUUAUUUGCAUGAAAAUAUAUUAAGGAAAAAUGGCUUUGAUACAUUUUUUUUUUUUUUUUUCAUAUUCAAAAUCCAUAAAUUCUUUCUCACUUAAUUUCUGUCUGCCUGCCUGUCAUUCUCCAAAUGUAUCAGGUCAUAUCAUGAGUUGCCAUAUAGGGUUAUUUGAUAAUAUUUCUUAUUGUUUCAUGUAAAUAAAAGUGCAUGAAAUAAAACCAAAAAAAAAGAUAAAUAAAUAAAAGGAAUGUUACUUAUGGAAUGACCAGAUAUUCCUGCCACAACUUAUUUGAAUACAAGUAACUGGCUGAGUCCCAUCUUUUUCUUUUUGCCCCUCAUAGUCAUAUUUUAUCUCUGAACUAAGUAUAAGUGGCUUUUAAUUAACAAAUAUUUUGUUGUAGUUGAUUUGUUAGGUUUCUAUACAUCAGGCAAUUUUUCCUUGUGUUAUGUUGAGCCACUGUAAACUAUGUAAAAAAACAAAAAAGAAGAAGAAAAAAAGAUAACAGAAGAGUGGCAGCAUUUUAGAAAUGCUGGGAAACUAGAUUUUAUGUUUAUUUUUGUUUCUGCCUUAUAUUUCUUUCCUUCUUUCUCUAUUUUUGUAUCUAAAUGUUCACAUAAUAUUAUCAUAAUUCCUUCCAUAAAUGAAGUUUCACAGUUAGAUAUCUGACAGCAAUAACAAAUCAAAUAAAUGCUGACCAUUAAGGUUUAUUAAACUCCUUCAACAUACCAGACAUCUGAUGUAUUUUGUUGUUUUUAUAGGAGAAAUAUAUUAUAACAUACUAUAAAUAUGUAUUUUUUAUUAAAUUUAGUAAAUAAAGGUUUGUCAUGCUUAACACUCCUUAUGAAACAA